UCCGAAACUAAUAUCUUUCUAGCUAAGCUUUCAUUUAAAAAUGGUGGGUAUGUGGUCAAUGAUUAGACAAAUUGAUCAAUCCAAAACUACAUGGGACAUAAAGGCUUGUGCGACGAGGGUUUACAGAGAACCUGCCCAUGAUGGGUUCCCGGAGUCCAUGGAAGUCAUAUUCCAUGAUGAAGAGGGAUCAAAGAUUCACGGGCACAUCCCGGAUCAGUUUAUCGGCAAAUUUUUUGGUUUGUUUAGGGAAGGACGUGUUUAUGCCAUAAAAAACUUUAUGGUUGAGGAAAUUUUCAUGUUUUUCAAAACCACCACUAGCGCGUAUAGGCUACGAUUCUUCAAAAAGAGUGAGGCAUUUGAGAUCAAGGUUCCAUUUCCGUUAAGAACGUUUUCGUUGGUGUCCUUUGCUGUGUUGCAGGCCCAAGAGUCUAUCGAUGACAGGGCAGCGAUUGGUCAGUUUGUUUGUAAAUCCAACAUUAUUGUGUUUUCCAUCUUGUGUUGAAAGUCAACUAACUUAAAUGGGACACAAUGCAAAUAUCAUUGGACAGGUCGUCCAUGAUAAGGAUCCUAAGACAAUUCUAAAAAAUGAUCGCCCAAAAAAGUUGGUGGAACUUAUCCUGGGAGAUACGGAGUUAGUAACUCUUUGGCCAAAUUUUUUCAAGUUUACUUUCCCCACUGUACGGUUAUCUAAUAGUUCCAAUGUUAUCUUUAAAAGGGGCAAUGUGAUCUCAUGAACCCUUUGGGGUCCUAUGGUCGAUAUGUUGAAGUCUUAUAAACUGACUACGGGUGAACCCAUAGCCAUGCUGCUUCAAUGCUGUCGUGCUAAGAAAUAUUAGCACGGGCAAGUACAUGUGUCCAACAUGUUUAACACAACCAAGGUUAUUCUUAACGGGGUGGAAGGCGAGUUCAACGAAUUUAAAUCUAGGAUGGCCAGCAGGUGUGGAGACGGUUUGAGCUUUACAAUUGCAUCUGAUACAUCUAACGACGGUGACAUUGGCACUGGCCAAAUACAGUUGGUUACUAUUGAGCAGCUCACAAAAUGGAAGAGGACGGCAAGCACUGGAUUUAUGGAGAAAUUGCAGACAUAGAUAGCCAUAAGGACUGGUGUUAUGUUUCAUGCAUUGGUUGUAAUCGAAAAGUUACUCCCAAUGGUGAUGGCUUUCAUUGCCUCUCUUGCAAUUCCUCAGACGCUGUUUUGAGGUGUUGUUUUGUAAAGAACUGUUUUUCUCACUUGAUUUUUUUGGGUGUAACUUAUAUUAUGGGUGUAGGCACAAAGUCAACAUUCGAGUGGUUGAUAUAACCUCGCAUGCGUCCUUUCUGCUGUGGGACAGAGAGGUGUCAUGCUUGAUUGGGCGAUCCGCUGCAUCGUUGAAAGAACAAGUGACUAAGAGAAAUUUUGGGCCGCAUUAUUUCCCUUCCGAGAUCAAUGCUUUGAUGGACGUCAAGGCCCUGUUGCGCAUUCAGUAUAAACAUGAUAGCCAAAAUUACAAGGGUAAUCAGAACUACAACGUGCUUAGAAUAAAUACUGACCCUAGAGUUAUCUCACGCUAUGUCACUGAGUCAACCACAUCAGAGGAGGAUGAUGAGUUUUCAGCUUUGAAAACAGAGUUUGCUGGGGGUGAAAGGGUUGUGUCUUCAGAACAGGUGAAUUCAAGCAGCCCCUUACUUGACAAGGCGAAGAGAGACGCUCUGGAAAUUGAUACUGACAAGAUCAAUAGGAACCUGUUUGGAGAAUCUUCAUCCAACGUGCCGGCUAAAAACAUGCCAACUAAAAAGAUGAAGGGAAUUAAGAUCGAGGGCCCUAAAACCUGAUGCUAUUAUAUAUUUUGAUAAUAAAUUUGGAGUAUGGUGGAUUGGAAUAAGUAUUUUGUGAAAGGGUCUUAAAUAAAACAAGCAGAAUGGAGGCAGAUAUUAAGAAGACAGUAUGCUACAAUAGAUGUAGUCGGCGUCUUCAAUGUUUCCCUUUUUGGAUUUUGUUAGCCGUUCAAGGACUACUGCCUAAGUGUGCUCUACGUAACCCAAGUGCUCUUAUGUAAUUGUGUGAUAAUACUACUACAAUAUAAGUUUAUGGCCCACAUGUAGGGUCUCUUAUGUAUACUACUCCAAUAUUAAUGUUUGCACCUGAUCUAAUGUAAAAUAUUUAUGUGUCA